CCUCUGUCCCUUUCCUUCUUCCCCCCGCUCGGCCGCUCCACUCUCUUUCUCCCCGAAAAAAACCCUAAACCUCCGCCCCAACCUCGCCGCCGGCGAUCUCCGCCGCCGCCAUGUUCGGGACCCCAUCCUCCUCUCCCCUCUUCGGGACCCCCUCCUCCACCCCGGCCUUCGGGACCCCCUCCACCACCCCAGCCUUCGGCACGCCUUCUUCCACACCCGCAUUCGGUGCGACGUCGUCGACGCCCGCCUUCGGCACCCCCUCGUCGACGCCCGCCUUCGGGACCCCGUCUUCGACCCCGGCAUUCGGGACGCCGUCGUCGACGCCCGCGUUCGGGACGCCGUCGUCGACGCCCGCGUUCGGGACCGCAUCCUCAAGCCCAGCGUUCGGCGGGCUGUCGGCUUUCGGGACGCCCUCGUCGACCUCGGCGUUCGGCGCGCCAUCCUCGACGCCGGCGUUUGGUGCGACUCCGUCGCCCUCGCCCUUCGGGUUCCAGCAGCAGGCGACGCCGUCCCCGUCGCCGUUCGGCUUGCUAGGGGGAGGGGGCGGUCAAAUCACUACCCAGAUGGCCCCCGUCGCGCCGCUGCCGCUCUCCCCGUCCGACCGCGACAUCCAGGCUAUUGUGGAUGCGUACAAGGAGGACCCUGGGAACCCCCGGUAUGCUUUCAGGCAUCUGUUGUUCAGCGUGACAGACCCUUCGCAAAGGGUGAAGCCAGUUGCAGCAUCAGAUAUUAUGUGGGCGGAAGCAAUGGGGAAGCUUGAGUGCAUGGACAGUGCAGAUAGGGAGAGGCUGUGGCCUCAGCUUGUGCAGGGGUUUAAAGACCUUUCCCACCGGCUUAAGCUUCAAGAUGAAGUUCUAGUUUCAGAUACUGAUAGAUUGAGCAUGACUCACUCUAAUGUUAAAAAGCUGCAAAGGCAUUUCCAAGCUGACACAUAUCCAUGGAUCCAGCGAUUGAAGCAGCAAGAACUGGUUAUUCAGAGACGUCUAUUAAGGUUUGUUAGAAUAGUGGAGGCGUUGGAGAAUAGGGGUUACCGCAGUCCUUUAACGACGGAGGAAGCUGACUUAUAUGAAAGAUUGGUUGCAAUGUUAAAACGGCUAAAAGGACCUAGUGCUGAUCUGUCUAGGAGAGUUAAUACACUUCUUUCGACGUCACGUCUUCUGGCUAGCACUGGUGGUGCUGGUGGUCCUGUAUAUAUUCCUAAUUCGGCCAAAGUUGAUGAACGGAGUGUUACGGAGCUUCUUGAGGCCUUACAGCAACAAACUGAGGCAGUUGCCAAGUUAGGUAAUGUGUUGAAGAGGGAUAUCAGGGACCUGGAGAUCAUCCAGUCAGAAGACACAGAUAUGGCUGAAGACAGUGUCGGGCGAAGGGCACUGAAGAUAUAAGAUCGAAGCAAGGUCUUUGACAUAGCUCCUAUAAUAAGCAGAGGGAGAUGGAAGGGGAGAUCCAUCGCCGUGCAAGGAUCCGACCCUCCAAAUUGUUUGGAGUAUCGGCUAGGCAUAUCUACUGUGCAAGUGGUGCAGGCAAGCUUUGAUUAUGCAUUCUUUUGGAAGCUAACCAUGGUCAGGUAGAUUGUGUGUCAUAACGAGGUGGUAUUCUUAGAACUUUGGCCUCGCUCUAACUACAUUUGAGGGUCGAGUGUUUGUCAUGGUGGAAACUGCACCUUGAGCUGCUGGGCUCUGGUAGCUUCCCCCCGGGAUGGUUUCGUUCUAUGGGCUGAGCCCUCGACCAUGAGUGGAUGUAAUGCUUGUUGUAAAAUACAUUCUGGAUGCUGUAGAUCAACCAUGGCUGUAGCCUUGAAUGUUCAUGCA